UGCUUGAUGGACACCGGCUUUCAAUCCCUCAAGACACCGCGAGCAUCGCUAGACCUCCAGGAGGACGACGUGCCAUGGAGCCAAAGGCCGCAUCCAUUGGAGUCCGUCAACUGGCUGAGCUACAUCACGAUUUGGUGGUUGGACGCGCUUAUUCGAAAGGGUGCUCAGGCGCCGCUCACCGAGCGCGACGUGUGGCCAUUGGCCAAAGCUGACACGGUGGACUCCGUUUAUCCUCUAGUGACGGCAAAGUGGGACCCUGUACUCAAACCCAGGCUCGUGGUGGUGCUGUGGCAGGCUUUCCGAUACCGCAUCGUAGUGUCAUUCUUGCUGUUUUCGCUUUAUGCGGUGCUGAGUCUGCUCCAGCCUAUCGCCGUCAAGUCCAUGAUGCAGUACCUUGAACAAGAAGACGUGACAGCGACUGCACUAGGCCUCACCAACGGCUACGCGUUGGUGAUUGUCCUCUUCGUGGUGUCUAUGACAUCGGCUUGCAUCAUGGAUUUCGCUGGCUAUUACGCCGCCCAUAUUGGACUUAACCUGAAGUCUGCCGUGGCUAACAUGGUGUACGUCAAGACAUUGUCUCUGUCCGGGCUAGCCAAGGCCAAAUUUUCGUCGGGAGAAGUUGUCACCAUGACGUCGGUGGAUCUGGAGCGCAUUACGAUGGGGUUUAGCUUGGGUCAUUGGACCUUUAUCAGUCCUGUGAUGCUGCUGGUGAUCUUCAUCAUGCUGUCAUUUGAACUGGGGCCGUUGGCAGCGUUCAUCGGUGGACUUGCUAUGGCCGGGUUCAUUUACUUUGGCAUUGCAUCUGGACAACUCGUGGGCCACCUCCGUCGGGAUAUUCUUGCUGUACAGGCCCAGCGCGUAAAGCUCACCAACGAAGUGCUCCAAGGCAUCCGAGUGGUCAAGCUGUACGCGUGGGAAGGGUCGAUCCAAGAUCAACUGAACGACAUCCGCGUACGAGAGAUCUCAUGCCUGACCAAGUACCACAACCUCCGCAUUAUUAACAACGUGCUGCUGAUGGUGGCGCCCGUGGUGUCUCUUGCCUGUUGCCUCAUGGUGUUCGUGGGCCAGGGGCACCCCUUAACCAUGCCCGUGGCGUUCACGGCUUUAGCCUACAUGAAUAUCACGCGCCAGCCGUGCGGAGUCUUUUCCACGUCUGUGAUAGGGUUCACCGAAGCACUAGCCUCUUGUCGCCGUCUCUCAGACUUUUUCAACGCCGAGGAGUUGGCACCAGACGUCGCCACCCUAACGACACCAGAAGCCAACGUAGAGCUGUCCCAUGCCGACUUUAGCUGGACGAAUGACGCUACGGCCCCAACAUUAAAGGACAUUUCGCUGCAGUUGGAACCUGGUACGUUGACGAUAGUCGUGGGGGCCGUGGGCAGCGGCAAGUCGAGUCUGGUCAGCGCCAUCCUGGGCGACGUUCACGUUACGAGCGGCAGUCGACGGGUCUUCGCUCGGUUCUCGUACGUGAGCCAGGAGUCGUGGAUUCAACAUGCCACGAUCAAGGACAACAUCGUGUUUCUGUCACCAUUGUUUGACCAGGACUUGUACGACCGAGUGGUAAGCGCGUGCCAGCUGGGCCCGGAUCUGGCCAUGCUCCCUAAAGGAGACGCGACCGAAAUUGGCGAGCGAGGCAUCAACCUCAGCGGAGGCCAGAAGGCGCGCAUCAGUCUGGCCAGAGCCAUGUACCACACGGACGCCGACGUGUUUUUGCUGGACGAUCCGCUCAGUGCGCUUGACGUGCACGUGGCCAACGCCGUUUUCUCCGACUGCAUGCAGGGCCUGUUGCGCGGAAAGACGGCGCUGCUCGUGCUCACGAGCCACUAUCACUUGCUCCCCCACGCCCAUCGGAUCAUUCUCAUGUCGGACGGGGCAAUUGUGGGCGACGGUACGUAUAAACAACUCAAGACCGAGUUCCCACACUUGAUGAACUUUACGCAAUCCGACUUGGUGGCCACGAAGUCCCAAGAUAAUGACAAGGAGGAACUGGCUGAAGGAGUUGCUGCAGAACCAACUGUAAUGAAGGAUAGUCUGAUAGUCAAGGAAGACAAUAUCAAGGGCAAAGUUACUUUGCAAACGUACAAGUCGUACCUUGGGGCCAGUGGCUACAAUGGGUACUCGGUGGGAAUUGUCGUGGCGGUGUUGUUUACGAUUUCGCAAGUGACGUUAUCGUUGACCGAUUGGUUUAUGAGUGUGUGGGCUCAGAAAGGCCCGUUGAGUUUGUGGUAUGGGUGGGGCUACGUAGCACUCGCUGGUGCGUCCGUGAUCUUGGUGUACGGCCGUUCCAUCUUUGUGCUCGUCACCGCCAUGCUAUGCUCCAAGAACUUCCACUCCAAGGUCCUGCACAACGUCCUUAGCGCCCCCGUGCCUACCUUCUUCGACGUCACCCCCGUGGGUCGCAUUCUCAAUCGAUUUUCUUCCGAUUUGGACCAAAUCGACUCGAAUUUGCUGCAUUUUGGCUUGUGCGUGUUGGAAUUUGGGUUCGAAAUCCUCGCCGUGCUGGUCGUUUGUGCUGCGACGACCCCGUGGGUGAUCGUCAUGUACGUGCCCGUGGGGUACGUGUACUUUGUCGCUCAAAGCGGGUACAACAAAGCGGCCAACGAGAUAAAGAGGUUGGACGGCGUGACGAAAUCGCCGCUGAUUUCCCUUGUCAGCGAGACCUACCAGGGUCUGAGCACCAUCCGCGCCUUUGAAAAGUCGGCCAGCUUUGCCCAAAAACAGAGAACGACCAUCGACUUCAACAUGCGGUUCUACUUCACCUUCUUCGUGGGCGCGCGGUGGUUCCAGAUGCGCCUCGACUUUCUCGGGUCGCUCUUCGUCGGCACAUGUGCAGUCGUCACCGUCCUCACCAAGUCGACCGUGGGACUGGCGGCCGCGGGGCUAUCGCUGACGUACUCGACGCAGCUGUCGGUGCUGCUGUCCCGAGUGGCCAUCUUCACUGCGUGGUUAGACAACUCGAUGACGUCCGUGGAAAGAUUGAACCACUACAACCAGUUGGAGAGCGAACAUGCAGACGAAGGGACGGACGUACAUGAUUGGCCGUCGCAAGGAGCGAUUGCAUUCGAGUCGUAUUCGAUGCGAUACCGAGACCAUUUGGAUUUGGUGUUGACCAAUAUUUCGUUCAACGUUGAACCAGGCCACCAAGUGGGCAUUUGUGGCCGGACGGGGUCGGGCAAGAGUUCGUUAAUGGCUGCUUUGUUUCGCAUGGUGCCAGCGUCGUCUGGUCGCAUCGCGAUUGAUGGGGUAUUGAGACUUAAUGUUCAAAAUGGAUAUUCACGAGUGUAGGUGGACAUUGCCAGCGUGAGCGUGACCAGCCUCCGCCGAGGCCUGACCAUCAUUCCGCAAGACCCGGUGCUGUUCAGCGGGUCCAUUCGGCUCAACUUGGACCCGACCAAGUGUGCGACGGACGCGGAGCUGUGGACAGCCGUCAAACAGGUGCACCUGAGUGGAGUCAUUCCAAGCUUGGAGUUUGCCAUUUGCGAGCGCGGGUCGAAUCUGUCGGUAGGGCAGCGGCAGUUGGUGUGUAUUGCCCGGGCGUUGCUGCGGCGGUCCAAGGUGGUGGUGCUGGACGAAGCCACGGCCAACAUCGACCCAGAGUCCGACCGGCUCAUCCAGGCCACGAUGCGUGACUGCUUUGAGAACGUCACGAGACUUAUCAUCGCGCACCGCCUUGACACGAUCCUCGACUCGGACCGCAUUCUCGUCUUGGACGGUGGCGUGGCCGUCGAGUACGACGCGCCGUCCACACUCCUGGCCAACAAAUGCGGCGCGUUCGCCCAACUGGCCCAACAUGCGCAUGUGGAUUUGGACAAGUUGAAGUAAUAAGAGAGAUUGCACACAUAUAGUACAUUGUAUGGCUGGGUAGAUGACGAAGAGUAAAGGUGUA